CGUGUGACCGGAGCGGCGGGAGUCGGUCCGCGCCCGCCGCGGAGGCCCCGAGCCCGCACCCACACCGCCGCCCGCGGACGGGGCAGGGGAGGGAGGCCAGGCGGCCUCCCGGGCGCCCGGCACCAUGAGCAUCGAGAUCCCGCCGGGCCUCACCGAGCUGCUGCAGGGCUACACGGUGGAGGUGCUGCGGCACCGGCCGUCCGACCUGCUGGGCUUCGCCGCCGACUACUUCGCCCGCCUGCGGGAUGCCCGCGACCAGGAGGCGGGUGGCGGCCGCAGGGUGGUCAGCUUCGACGGGGAGCCCAUGCAGACCGAGUCCAACGGCGACGAGGAGCCCGAGCGCGGCGACGAGGACUCGGACUCCGACUUCGAGCCUCCAGUUGUUAACCGAUACAACAGAAGAGUAUCAGUUUGUGCUGAAGCUUUCAAUCCAGAUGAAGAGGAAGAAGAUACAGAACAAAGGGUAGUUCAUCCAAAAACUGAUGAACAGCGAUGCCGACUGCAGGAAGCUUGUAAAGAUAUCCUGCUCUUCAAAAACCUAGAUCAGGAGCAGCUGUCUCAGGUCCUUGAUGCCAUGUUUGAGAGGAAGGUGAAACCUCAGGAACAUGUGAUUGACCAAGGUGAUGAUGGAGAUAACUUCUAUGUCGUUGAGCGGGGACUGUAUGAUAUUGUUGUAGCAAAAGACAACCAGUCGCGCUGCGUGGGCCGCUACGAUAAUCAUGGCAGCUUUGGGGAACUGGCAUUGAUGUACAACACUCCUAGAGCUGCCACCAUCGUUGCCACAACAGAAGGAGCCCUUUGGGGACUGGAUCGAGUGACAUUCAGAAGAAUUAUACUGAAAAAUAACGCAAAGAAGAGGAAGACGUAUGAAUUAUUUAUUGAGUCUGUGCCCCUUCUUAAAUCCUUGGAGGCAUCAGAGCGAAUGAAGAUAGUGGAUGUUAUAGGAGAGAAAGUGUACCAAGAUGGGGAACGUAUCAUUUCUCAGGGCGAUAAAGCAGAUUGUUUUUACAUUGUAGAAUCUGGUGAAGUAAAAAUCUUGAUUAAAAGCAAGACUAUGACGAGUAAAGAAGCUAACCAAGAAGUGGAGAUUGCCCGGUGUCACAGAGGGCAGUAUUUUGGAGAGCUUGCACUUGUUACCAACAAACCCAGAGCAGCCUCUGCCUAUGCUGUUGGGGAGGUCAAAUGUUUAGUCAUGGAUGUGCAAGCAUUUGAGCGGUUGCUUGGACCCUGCAUGGACAUUAUGAAGAGGAAUAUAACGCAUUAUGAGGAGCAACUGGUGGCAAUGUUUGGCUCUAGCAUGGACCUGUUGGAUCCAGGGAAUUAGGCACAGGGUACCUCAAUGCCUUCUUAGUUCAAGACACAGAAAAGCCUCCUAUCAGCAACACAACUCACAAGGACAACGGACACUAUGGAACAGUUACUGCUGCUGUUUUCUUGGGCAUUUUAGAAACCAUAAACAAGUCUCAGCACAGAUGGAUUGCUCACUCCCUGCCUCCACUUUGCUGCUGAUACUUCAUUAUUAGACCUAGAUUAAAGAUGAUUCUAACCCUAUGUUCACUUACUUGGUUCAGAAUGGCAUCUGUCCAACAGUUCAAGUGCCUGAUAUGAAACCCAAAGUGUGCAAGAUAUAGAAGCCUCCUUCCUUCUGAGUGUUACUGUUGGGAUAAAUUUUCCAAUCAGAUUCUGUAGUGGGAGGUUGCCUGUUCUGCAGAGGCAGCCUGUGGAAUACAGGCCUUUCAUGGACUUAUUACCUUCAUCUGAUGCUUUCCUUACACAAUGUCAAAUUUGCUUUUAAUUGUAGCAUCUGGGUUUGAAGUUAAAAUAUCAAUGGAGCCAGUGAAUAAGAUGGCACUGAAAUUUCUGUCCACCUGCUGAAAGUGGCAGGUACUAAAUAGCUCUUUAAACCAAGUAAACCGAGCUGGGGACAUAGGAGAGUCUGCUUAGCAACCAGAUGCAGAAAAUGAAGCAUUACUAUACUUUAAGUGUUUUCUGAGCAGCAAAGAAAAUUGUUUUACUCUAUGCUGCCCAAAAAAGUGCAGUGGUUCAGAUCAAAUGGCCUGAAAGUGUCAUAAUUGUCAUCUCCCCAAACUUGCUCCUUGUUCCUGACACUGAGUACAUUUUAUGGUGGUGAGAUCACAACGUAUGACCUUCUCUUGCUUACAGAGAUCCUUUAUACUGCUAGAUUUCCCAGGGCACAGUUGUUGACUGGGUCAGUUUUAAAGCUUUUUAAGGAGGUGAAUGUUUUGUAAUUUAAAUGAAGACUACUUCUGUACUUGUUUACAGGAGCUUCCCCCAGUCCUAACAUUUCACAGUAUUCUAACUUCAUUAGACACUUGGUUGCUUCCAAAUACCACAUUGAUUUGCUAAACUUUUCAAAAGUUGGCAACAUUUGACUUUGUAAAGCAAAUGUCUUUGCUAACUACGCAGUUGGUGUGUUUGAGGAGUCUUUUUGGUCUAGGUGAUAACUAAGCUAAUCAUGUUUAUCUAAAAUACCUGUUAAAUUUGCAGCAUUUAUUAGGUAGAUUCUUGUUUCUAUAGCUUUAAUGACCUUAAUUGGCAUAUGGCUGAGAUUUUAUCAGAGUAUUAUCUAAAUAAGAAUCAGACCAUAAGAAGGACAUUUUUAUGGUGUACAAACAGAAUAUUUAUAUUAAGACAUUGAUUUUGGAGGUAAUAAAUCUAGUGACCCUUUGAAUUUGCAUUCUUCCGCAGCUCAUGCAAAACGUACUGGUGUUUUAUGGGGUUAUAAAAUUUUAAUUGUGAAUGCUAGUGUAACAAAACCUGCUCUUUUUAUUCAUGGCCAUGUGAGCAAGAAUGGAAGGAUGCUAAUCUUGAAUUCCUGCUUUUAGUUAUCACAGUGGAUGUUUCUCUGAGGCACGAGAUGCUUAGCAGCAACUCUAAGUUGAUUUCUGGACACUUCCCCGCCCCCCCCAAUGGAUUUUCCUCCCAUUUCCUGCAAUAUGAGCAAGAUGGAAAGUUGAUCAAUUUGAAUGGCUGUUGUCCAGUUACUGUAAUUUCAGUCAUAUUUUUAUAUAAUGCAAAUGAUUUGUAAUGGACACCACUGAUCUCGGUGUUUCCAUAUUAUUAAAGUCCUGGUUGUGAUGUCUA